AUGACUCAUUCUAUGAGAAGCAUCAUAUUCUGGGCCUGCAAUCAAAUCUCAUCACAACUGUGGGUCCGUAUAUCGGCCACCUGUAGCACCCUUUCGAUGUCUAACUGCCAGCCACCCGAAGGAAAAACGAGGGCCGGGAUACUGCCAGGUUGCCCAAGCCUAGACAGGGAAAGUCGAGAUGCAGAGGUCGGGUUCGAACCACGGUCCUUCCAGACAGCUGCUUUUGUGCAAGAAUUUUCUCCGUUCGGACGUAAAACCUCAAAUGAACUUUCUGACGCUUUCAACUCGUUCAUGAAAAAGAGACGGUAA